CAACAGUAGGCAGUUUGAGUUUUGCUACAUUCUACGUCGUCGAGCUUACUGCAACGCAAGUCCUCGUAUUGUUGACAGAAUGACGUCUACGGCAACCGUCUCAUCUGGGCAGGCAUCCAAGGAAAUCCGAUUGUUCUGCCAGUCAUUAUUCAGACAGUAUCCAUGGUAUCAUCUGUACUCUAGCGAAGAGACAACGUGGGUGGUGGUCAGCGUUCAAGCGCCUCGGUACCAGAAGGAUGAAGACAGCAAAGUCAGUGAGACGGGUCGGGCACCACUGGAGUUGGUCGCCGUGAUUGAUAGAAGUACCAGCAUGGAGAGGCGCGGUAAAUUUGCCAUGGUGAAGGAAACUAUGCUCUUCGUCAUCCGACAAUUGAAUGAACACGACAAGCUGGGAAUCGUGUUAUACGACGAGGAAGUGACAUCAACUGGUUCACUCUGGAGGAUGGAUGCGAGCGGAAAAGCCAAAGCGACCUCUCUCAUUGAGCACAUGGAUACAGAAGUAGGCACAAAUUUAUGUGGAGGACUUGUGGAAGGGUUGGCCAUGAUUGAAGAUCUGCAGAAAGAAAAAUCCAGUGGAGACGCAAAUGCCGAAAAGAAGAAUGCAUCUGUGUCGUCUAUUCUUCUCAUGACGGAUGGUCAAGCCGAUGUGGGCUUCACCUCACAGCAAGAAAUAAUUGCUUGCUUAACACAACAAGCCCGCCAUGGCUUGUAUCCUUCUGGCAACUACCGUGCUCAUAACAACUUCCCAGCUCCAGCACAAGAACCGACAGUACCAUGUCCACCAUCAACACAACGAACAGUAGAACCGAGCCCAUUACAACUGCCCACUCUACCACAAGCAGCAGUAAAACAACCACUACCAUCCCUACAGGCAGCGUCGGCACCAGCAAUAAAACCUGUAGUAACAUCUACAAUAGCUAAUUCUACUGAACCUAGUGACGUUGUGGCUGCAAGUAUUUACACAUUUGGCUUUGGUGCCAAUCACAAUGCCGAGUUGUUGCAAGCAGUGAGUAAGGCUGGUAAUGGAAUGCACUACUACAUUGACUCAUCGGAGAAGAUUCCAGAGUCCUUUGCCGACUGCUUGGGUGGAUUGCUUAGCAGAGUUGUGAGUAAUGUAUCCCUGGAAGUCUCGGCUGUGAACAAUUGUAACAUAAUCGAAGCCUAUGCGGGCCAAAGUACCCAAUCAAGUGGUAGUGGUGUUGCCAUUACAUUGCCUCUGGCAGAUAUCCAGUCAAAAGAAUGCCGCGACUGUGUGUUCUGCUUGGAUCUGCCUGAUGUACCCAAUGAGCUUGAUGAGUUUACUAUUCUCAAGGCUAAGCUGACCUGCUUCAAUGUCAUGAAAAGUAUGCUGGAGAUGAAGGAAGCCUCGCUAGAAGUACGCAGAGUUCUGGAACUUCCAGAUGAUCUCACACCCAAUCCGCAAGUUUACUGUCACUAUGACCGCAUCAAAUCAGCUAAGGACCUUGAAAGUUAUCACUCAUCGGCGGACAAAGCAGAGCUUCAUUUUGCAAGAUACCAGCUAUAUAGAGCGCAAAAAUCCAUAGCCUCCGGACGCGUGCAGACAACAGACAUUCUCAGAAACAAUCCAUCCGCUAUUUCCCUUUCAGCAGAUCGAGAGCUGAUGCAUGACGCAGCCAACGAAGGUCAUGAAAUGGAAAGUUGAAAAGGAAAGCCUGUCCGUCUCUUCACGAUGAUGCCAGUCUGAUCAGAUGCUCAGCGUUGGCUGUAGGGCUGAUGAAGAGUUGUAGUUCCACCGCCAAUGACAUCCAUGCUUUCACCUUACCAACCAGGCUGUCUAGCGCUUCGCAUCUAUUACUGUCUCAGUGUAUGUGUAAGUCUUCGUUUAAAAAAUAAAAAUGCAUUUCGAGGGCGGAUCGUUCACAAAUAAUCUAAGAAGUAUAUUGUUCUGCACUGUUCCGUAUUGUUCUGUAUUGUUUUUUGUUGUUUUGAUCAUUUAGGAAAAUGGAUUGCCUAUUCCCUCAAAGGAAAAUGACCUUAACCCAGGCACCUGGGAUGUCUCUCGACCAAACCCCUUCAGCUCGCUUUACAAUGCACUUAUUUGUGGCGUUAUUCGUUUUGUCCCGUCAUUUCCGAGGCCGUAAGAGACAUAAUGAAUGCAUAUUGUGCUUACACAUUGUACAUGUACAUGUCCCAUUCCUCGCUGCAGCCCAUAGGCAUAGAGAUAACGUACUGUAGGCUAUAUGUGAACAGUCAUGAACAAAUAAUCGUCGUUUGAAUUCUGAGAUCCACACAAGUACACUGGAGUGGAAUUCACUUGGGAAGUGGAAGAGUGGAAUGCACUUGCCUU